AUGGGUGGAUCAACCCAUUUCUCUGUUUUCUUACUCGUCGCAAUAAUUUUACUCUGUUCUUCCACCAAAACUGUAAAUGCAACUUGCUAUGCAAGCGAGAAACAAGCUCUUUUGGACUUCAAGAAAGACUUGGAAGAUCCCUUUGGUAGACUCUCGUCUUGGAUACACGACGUUGAUUGCUGCAAAUGGAAAGGAGUUGUUUGUAGCAACCGAAGUGGCCGCGUGAUUCAACUUCUCCUUGAGGGUCCUGAUCCUGAAAUUGAUGAUUUUGGUGAUCAGGAAAUAUCAGCAUUAAGCGGUAAAAUCAGUCAUUCGUUACAAAAUUUGACUCACUUGCGUUACCUUGAUCUAAGUCUAAAUGAUUUCAGUGGAAUUCCAAUUCCCAGUUUUUUUGGGUCUCUCAGAAGUCUAAGGUACCUGAAUUUAUCUGGAGCUGGAUUUCAAGGAAUGGUCCCCUAUCAGCUUGGAAACCUGUCAAGCUUACGCACUUUAAGCUUGGAAACCUAUCGAGUUUCCGAUCUUCAAGUUGAUAACCUGCAAUGGUUGGCUGGUCUCUCCAAUCUGGAGCACCUAGACAUGAGUCGCGUGAACCUUAGUACGGCGUCUAAUUGGCUAGAGGUGAUUAACACGAUCCCUUCCUUGGUAGAGAUACAUCUGCCCUAUUGUCAACUUGAUUUAAUUUCUCAUCAUCUUGGCAGAGAUACAUUUGUCUUCCAUGCCAACUUUUCUUCUCUUACUGUCCUAGAUCUUUCUGGAAAUUUUCUUGGACACCUCAUCCCUAGAUGGAUUUUCGGUCUUACUGCCCUUGCUUCCCUUGAUUUAAGUGAUAACUCGUUUGAAGGUCCAUUGCCCAGAGAUCUUAGGAACUUGACUUCCCUCAAGCUCUUGGAUCUUUCUAGAAACUAUCUAAAUGGUUCACUACCAGACGAGCUUAUUCAUCUUAACAAUCUCAUUUCUCUCAACCUUGGGGGGAAUCAAUUAGAAGGCUUCUUGGAAGGAAUUUGGAAUUGGAGUUCCCUUGCAUCUUUGGAUCUAUCAGUGAAUCACUUCGCUACCUUCCUCCCAAGCCAAUUAUCCACUUUAACUGCCCUAAUUUCACUUGAUCUUGGCGACAAUCACUUUCGAGGUUCUAUCCCAAGCUCUAUUGCCAACAUUUCCAACCUUCAACAUCUUGAUCUGUCUUAUAACAACCUUAGCUCCUCUUUACCAAGUGAAGUAUUCACAUUGAAGGACUUGAUUUCACUUGAUACAAGCAAUAAUUACUUAAAUGGUCCAAUUCCAAGCACAGUUGGCAACUCAAAUAAACUGUCAUCCUUGGAUGUAUCUCACAACAAAUUCACUGGAACUCUUCCUGAAAGUUUUUGGCAGCUUUCCAAACUUGAAGAGCUUCGUAUUGCUGAUAAUUUAAUAGAAGGUAUUGUGAGUGAGAGCCACUUAGACAAUCUGGCAGCUUUAAGGAUUUUUGAGGCAUCUGGAAACUCCUUGACCUUAAAAGUAAGUGCAAGUUUGUCCCACAGGCUUUUGAGGUUAAUUCUGGGAUUAGGUUUAUAA